AUGGCGACGAAAGUGUAUAUUGUGUUUUACUCCAUGUACGGCCAUGUCGAGAAAUUGGCAGAGGAGAUAAAGAAAGGGGCUGCAUCUGUUGAAGGUGUUGAAGCCAAACUAUGGCAGGUACCCGAGACACUUCCUGAAGAGGUUAUCGCAAAAAUGAGCGCACCACCAAAGAGUGACGUCCCGAUUAUUACCCCGAACGAGCUUGCUGAGGCCGAUGGACUCAUCUUCGGUUUUCCUACAAGGUUUGGCAUGAUGGCUGCUCAGUUCAAAGCGUUCUUGGACGCGACAGGAGGACUAUGGAGGACUCAGCAACUCGCCGGUAAACCAGCCGGCAUCUUCUACAGCACCGGGUCUCAAGGUGGUGGCCAGGAAACCACUGCAUUGACGGCGAUAACUCAGCUGGUGCACCACGGGAUGAUAUAUGUCCCGAUAGGGUACACGUUCGGGGCGGGGAUGUUCGAGAUGGGGAAAGUGAAAGGAGGGAGUCCGUACGGAGCAGGGACAUACGCGGGAGAUGGUUCGAGACAGCCGUCGGAACUGGAGCUGGAACAAGCCUUUCACCAAGGCAAGUACAUCGCCACCAUUGCCAAGAAACUCAAAGUUGCUUCUGCUUAAGAAACACAAGUAAGUCUCUGGUUUGGUAUCUGGGUUUCUUAUAAUUCUUUGAUGGGGAAAUCUAUUAUUUGCAUUGUGUGGUUUUUCGUCUUUUGUUAUCAUUAUUAUUAUCCACACUACAUUACUAAUUACUUGGGAGCAAUAGUUCUUGCCCUGAGUCAUAUAUAUUUAGUAUUGAUGAUGACGAUGAUCAGUUGAGAUUAUGUUGAAAACGAAGAUCAUAAGCUGAAACGUCAAAAACGAUGUACCGAUAAGUAUUGCCAUAUAUAUAUAAAGGCCCAUUUUCAAGGGUAAGUGAC